CUCUUUCAUCCUGUGAUCAAUGUUCUUUACAAAGAAUCGUUUUAAAGGAUAAAGUUUUAUCUCUUAAUAAAGUUACAAAUGAAUUAAACCUUAAUUUUAAUACAACUUAUCAACCUAAUACUAUUCGUAACUAUCUUCAUAAUUUUGGUUUAAAAGGUCAUGUUGCUCGUUUUAAGCCUUUUUUGAAGCAUAAAGAUCAUUGGGUUCCAUAUAGUCCAGAUUUGAACCCAAUCGAACAUCUAUGGGAUUAUCCUGAUUGUCAAGUUCGAAAAAGAAAACCCUUGCCUAGUUCAAAAAACGAAUUAAUUAAGGCCAUACAAGAAGAAUGGGCAAAGAUACCUUUAGAG